AAAAUGUUUACAUUUACAUUUUGACUGGUUUAUUUAGCAGAAAUAAGGAUUAUUUGUCUAAUUACAACAAUGGAGAAUUACCAUAUCCUUGAAAAUAUUGGCGAGGGAUCUUUUGGGAAAGUAUAUAAAGGACGAAAGAAAUAUACUGGUCAGAUAGUUGCCCUGAAGUUCAUUCCUAAGUUUGGCCGCAGUGAGAAAGAUUUGAGGAGUCUUAGAAAAGAAAUAGAAAUAAUGCGAGGACUUCACCACCCUAAUAUAAUUGAAAUGUUAGACAGUUUUGAAACAGAAAAGGAGGUGGUUGCAGUUACAGACAUUGCAGAGGGAGAAUUGUUCCAAAUACUAGAAGACGAUGGAAGUCUACCAGAAUCUCAGGUGCAAAGUAUUGCUUGCCAGCUGGUAUCAGCCCUCUACUAUCUCCACUCUCACAGGAUUCUACAUAGGGACAUGAAGCCACAGAAUAUACUACUUGGCAAAGGAGGAGUUGUCAAACUAUGUGACUUUGGAUUUGCAAGAGCCAUGAGCAUCAAUACACUAGUUUUGACUUCAAUUAA